CAACUUUGUCAGAUGCGAGAUUACAAACACAGAUGCAUCGGCUGAACAUUUAACGUUACGUUAAAUUUGGCUUUGUGUAAAAAUAUAGAAUGGCGUGGACGGAUCCAGCGCAGCCGCGGUUUUGGUCGGAUGAUUUCUCAAAUAUCCAGAUGGUUCAACCCACAAUUCCACAACCCGUGACACUUUUCCAGCAGCUGCCUGCCGCAUUGGCUUCACCUGUAACGUCUCUGCGUCCAGGACACGUGAGGGAGGAUCUUGUAGAGCUGAUGAUGAUGCAGAAUGCUCAAAUGCACCAGGUGAUCAUGAACAAUAUGACCAUGGUUGCACUCAGAAGCUUUGGCUGCACAAACACCCCUGAGCAAUCGAUUCCAGCUGUUGUGAGCGAGGAGGAUCCAGAGGUGUAUCACCACCACUACCUCUAUGCUCCAGAGGUGUAUCACCACCACUAUCCCUAUGCUCCUUGCUUAUCUUCCCCUGUGUGGCUGCCUCAGCCCCUGCCAGUGCCUCAGUGCGAGGUUCUACUUCCUCAGACCAUCCAGAGCUUCCAGGACCCACCUCACUCACCAGAGGCUGUCUGCACGGAUCACAGAGCGAUCACAGACAGGAGAGCUGUGGCACCUCCACCACUACCCAGUGGAACAGGAACUGUUGGAGCUGAGAUCCCUCCUGCUGCAGAAUAUAAUAAUGCAGAAAGAAGGCAGUAAGAAUUGUGGCGAGCUGAUACAGAUCCAGUAUUUGACUUAAACAUAAACACAUCAACACUACAGUCAAAUAGCACUAUUAAAGUACAAACCUCCAUUUGUAACAACACAAAGGCUGGCCAGUUAAAAAAGAAUAAUUAUAUAUGUUUUGUUAUUCUGCUACUUGGACAAUUUGUGGACUAACCACCGUAUACUAUUGCCGUGCUUUUCAAAUACAAUACUAUUUUAAUGCAUAUGCUAAUUAAUGUGAGAAAAUACUAAGUACUAAAGGGAUUGAUAUAUCUCCUAAGUGCAAUGUCUUCAUUUUUUCCAUUAAGUAGAAUUUAACUUCCAUAAAUCAGUAAUUAAGCAGUAGGUGGUGACAUUUACAUUUGGAUCUUUUGCAGUAAUAGUAAUCCACUUCUUUAUGCUCAUAUAGUAGAUCUCUCUAGAGCAGAGCUAUCCAAUGACCAUCGAUUCAAAAGCAGCAAUCAGUAAACUACUGAAUUUGUUUGGCAGCCGGUUUUCUGACAUACUCCACAACAUAUAUACACCAAUUAUCUUUAGAAUGUGCUAAUAACAAUUAGCUAAAAGGAGCCAGUCAAAUUAACAACAAAGCCUCCCACAUCUGACAUGCUUCCUUCAGCAUUAACUCAUUUAUGUUGACUGUCAUCAAACAUAAAUUAGCAGUAGCUUUGACUUAAAUGCCAGGAAGAAGUGCAUUAACAUCCAGAUUUGGGGAGCAACAACAGAGUGAAAGUGGACUGGGAAACUCUAGUAUUUGCAGUAGAGCUAAAACUGCUGCAUCCGUAAAAUUAUUACUGUUUUAUGAUGAAAUUAACACAAAUGUUGCAGAAAGGAAUACCAAAACCACUUUGUGAUGUAAAAUAAUAGAAGUAAAAAGUAAA